AUGAAUCCUGGAAAUGCUCCAGCCAAUGCACCAGCCAACCCACCAAGCAAUGCUCCACCCGACAAUCAGAACAAUCCCCUCGCCAUUCCUGCACCAAAUCCGCAAGAGAGUGCAGCACUAAAUCAAAUCAUUGACCUUCUCGUUAACAUUCAGGCAACCCUUGACCAGAGGUUGCAAGCCGUUGAUGAAAUGCUUCAAGCACUCCAGGAAGAUAUGGAAGAAAUCAACAACAAAAUGGGCAGCACGAAUGAGAGGAUUGAUGAGUUUACUAAAUGA